AUGUCGGGGCGUCGCGGCCGCUGGGGCUCCUGCCCGUGGGGGCCGCUGCCCGCCCUGGCCGCCGCCCUGCUGCUCCUGCCUGGACGGGCCCAGCCGCCCGACCCAGUAGAUUUGUCACGGCGACAGCCCUGGGAGCUGAGAAUCGACCAGGCCUGGCUGCAAGUUCACAAUACGUUGCCUGGUGAGAACCUGACCAUCUCUUGGCUCUCAGACUACUGCUACAAGUGCUUGUUCCAGGAGCUGGGGCCUGUCCCAUUUGAAGAGCCUGGUGUUGCAGUGGAUUCUCAGCAUCCAGUGAAUCUGAUGGUCAAUAGCACUAUGAAAGGCAAAGAGCCUUGUAGGGUAAACUAUCAUUUUGGAGAAUUUGGAAACUAUUCUUUAAUAGUCAGGAGUGACCAUAGCAGCCAGAACAUUUUGUGCGACAUUGUUAUCAAUCAAAAACCUGUCAACAGCUACCUCCCUAUUUUCUUUGCAUUUCUCAUCUAUAUGGGCAUCUUCGCUAUACUGGCCUUGGGACAGUUUUGUAUAAACAUCGAACCAGUCAGGAAUUGGCUUUACAAUAAGAUGAAUCCAAGAGAAACAGAUCGUCUUAUUAAUUCAGAGUUUGGCUCCCCAAGACGGACAGAUUCCGUUAGCAGUGAUUUGCCACCGGGGGUGUGGAGCACUGGGACAGCCAUACCGAGACUUCGUUCCCUGGAUACGUUCAGAGGGUUGGCUCUUGCAAUUAUGGUCUUUGUGAAUUACGGCGGAGGAAAGUACUGGUUCUUCAAGCAUCAGAGCUGGAAUGGACUAACCGUAGCAGACCUUGUCUUUCCAUGGUUUGUGUUCAUCAUGGGCACCUCCACGGCCCUUUCCUUGAGUUCCAUGCUGAGGCGGGGCUGUUCUAAGGGGCAGCUGCUGCUGAAAAUCCUCUGGAGAAGUUUCUUCCUGUUCCUGAUUGGGGUCGUGGUUGUGAACCCAAAUUACUGCCUCGGGCCUUUGGCCUGGGAGAACCUGCGGAUCCCGGGGGUGCUCCAGAGACUGGGGUGCACAUACCUUGUGGUUGCUGGGCUGGAGCUCCUCUUUGCCAAGCCUGGGCCUGACAGCACCGGCGUGGAAGACGCUUUCCGGGACCUCAUGCCAUUCUGGCCCCAGUGGCUAUUCAUGAUGGCACUUGAAGCAGUUUGGCUGUGCUUAACCUUCCUGCUAAACGUCCCUGGGUGUCCCAGAGGAUACCUUGGUCCUGGAGGCAUUGGUGACUCUGGAGAAUAUCCCAACUGCACAGGAGGAGCAGCUGGCUACAUCGACCGUUUGCUCCUAGGAGAGAAGCACAUCUAUCAACACCCGUCUUCUAGCGUGCUGUACCUGACAACAGUGCCCUUUGACCCUGAAGGAAUUUUGGGGACCAUCAAUUCUGUCAUCCUGGCCUUCUUGGGACUUCAGGCAGGAAAAAUUCUCUUGUUUUACAAAGAACAGCACCGACAGAUAAUGCUCCGCUUUUGCGUUUGGACCGUAAUAAUGGGUGUCAUUUCUUCCGUCUUGACCAAAUGCUCCACAGAGGAAGGCGUUAUUCCUGUGAACAAAAACUUAUGGUCCAUCUCCUACGUGACCACCCUCAGCAGUUUUGCCUUCACCCUUCUGCUCUUGAUAUACUACCUGGUUGAUGUCAAGAGGGUGUGGUCAGGUGCUCCGUUUUUCUUCCUCGGCAUGAACUCAAUUCUUGUCUAUGUCGGCCAUGAAGUAUUUGAAAACUACUUCCCAUUUAAGUGGAAAAUGCGGAAUACACAAUCCCAUAGUGAACACUUGGCUCAGAACCUCAUUGCCACUUCUCUGUGGGUAAUCAUAUCAUAUGUACUGUAUCGGAAAAGGAUAUUCUGGAAAAUCUAAUGGAACAUCCAAG